AUGGUGGAAGUGAGGAUGGGGCUCACGGGUUCCGCAGUCGGGACGUUCCGUGUGCUGUCCGGUCUGGACGAGCUCGAACGUGGCAAAUCCGACUCGUUUGUGGAUUGUGUCACGGGGUGCGGUGUGUGCAGAGUCAAUUCACUUUGCCAAUCCCUUUGGCUCAGUGCCCCGGAUUGCCAUGCCAUACCGGUGAUGGAAGAUAUACGCUCGUACAUCAAUCGUUGUCGUUUGUCUGUGACCAGUCUAGGUAACGAACCGGGAGCCUGA